AGUCUAAAUUAUGGAUUGGAGGGAAUCCAACUCCAACAAAUGUAGUUAAUACUAUAAAUAUAGAUAUAAUAAACACCAACAAUUCAGGAGAAAGGAGGAGAAGGGGGAGGAAGAAGGGGAGGAGAAGAAGGAGAUGAGUACCAUGGUAAUCCCUAUUACAAACAAGGCAAUAAAGAUUUGGGAUGAAUGGAACCUCCGUGUCACUGUUCUUAUCAGUCUCUUCUUCCAAAUUCUGUUGAUUUUCAUUGCGCCAUUGCGGAAAAGUACUAAAAACAGAAUUGUAACCUCGUUGGUAUGGGGGGCUUAUUUGCUCGCAGACUGGGUUGCGGCGUUUGCAGUUGGACUCAUCACAAGUGGCCAAGGUAAUGACUGUGACAAGUACCGCGUGCACGAUGACCUUGCUGCUUUUUGGGCUCCAUUUCUGUUGCUACAUCUCGGUGGCCCAGAUACCAUUACUGCUUUCUCACUCGAAGACAAUGAACUCUGGCUCCGGCACUUGUUCAGCUUUCUCAUCCAGCUUUCUGCAGUUGUUUAUGCCUUCUGGCAAUCAGUCCCUAACCAAUUUCUCAUCCCAACAAUCUUCAUGUUUCUUGCUGGAACUAUUAAGUACUUUGAGCGGACACGUGCUCUAUAUCUAGCAUGUUUGAGUAAUUUAAAGCACUCUAUGCUUCCAAAUUAUGCUUUACUGAUCGAGGAAGUCAAAUCAAUGUUGGACAAGGUUCCAUUUGGGGAAGGAUCGAAGACCUUAGGUGAAGAAAGCUUAACAUCUGCCCCUUUAUCUGACAUUGAAGUGGUGAAAAAUGGGUACAAGUUUUUUCAAAUGAUCAAGAGACUAAUUGUUUUUCUGACAUUUACCUUCCCCGAGCGCCAUAAGAGUCGAAAGUUCUUCCUUGAGAUGACUUGUAAAGACGCAUUUAGAGUAAUGGAAGUGGAGCUCAAUUUCAUGUAUGAUGCGCUCUACACGAAGAUGGUUGUGGUGCAUAGUAAGAUUGGGUACGUUUUUCGCAUCAUUUGCUGUGUCUUGAUAGUGGUUUCUUUUGCAUUCUUUGCAUCCCAUCAUAAACACCAACUCCACCUAGUGGACAUUGUUGUCACCUACACUCUUCUCAUUGGUGCUGUUGGCUUGGACAUUGUCUCACUUCUUAAGCUUAUCUUCUCUAACCGCACCAUAGCUUCGCUCAAUAAUUCCAAUGAUGCAGAUAUCGUUUUCGUGAUCAAAGAAAGACUUUCAUUUGGGGAAAGAUGCUUGCAGUCCAACUUUGUCUCGCAACACAGUUUGAUCAAUUAUUGCAUCAAUGACCGGUUCAAAUGGUUUGAAAAAGUAGUUGACUUUUUUGGACUCGAGGAUUUCGUUGAUGAGAUACAGUUCAAAAGAACCUCACUGGUGAACGAUGAUUUGAAGGAGUUCAUCUUUAUGGAGCUAAAGAACAAGGCUCUCCAAUCUGAAGAUCCGGAAUUUUCCAAGGAGAUAUGUUCAGCAAAGGGAAAUUGGGUUCUCUUACAAUACGAUCUUCACCCCUCGAUUGUAAACAGCGUGAAAAAGGAAGUCGAAUAUGAUCAUAGCCUUCUGAUGUGGCACGUUGCUACUGAGAUAUGUUAUCACAAAGGUGAAGAUAGUGAUGAAGAAAAAAAUAGCCAAAAUAGAGAAUUUUGUAAGAUUUUGUCAGAUUAUAUGUUGUAUCUUAUUGUCAUGCAGCCUGCAAUGAUGUCAGAGGUGGAAGGUAUAGCCCAAAUUAGAAUUCAGCACACAUACGAUAAAGCCAAAAAGGUCUUGAAAUCACAUAUGAAUUCGAAGCCCCCAAACAUAUUUGAAAAUUUCAAGAAAUUCUUUCAAAGUAGACAAUCUGAAUUGAUGCCAGAAAGGAUCACAGCCUGCCAGAUUCUAGGAUUAGAAUGUAACGUAGCAGAAUGCGGAUGCAAAUCUGUUUUGUUUGAUGGAUGCAAUCUAGCUAAGGAGCUGAACAAGUUAGGAAUUAAGAGGAAAUGGGAGAUAAUGAGUAGAGUGUGGGUGGAAUUGUUGUCAUAUGCUGCAACUCAUUGUGGAGGAAAUGCUCAUGCCCAGCAGCUCAACAAAGGUGGUGAGUUUAUUACUUUUCUUUGGUUAUUGAUGGCUCAUUUUGGUUUGACAGAAAGACUCCCCAUUGGAUUGUGCAUGGUUGGAACCACACAUUGAGGUCUUGUGUGUAUCUUUUUCAAUGUGGGUGAGGGAGGUGAAGGAAAAAUGGUCAAUGUGGCUGCCAUGAAAAAUAUGUUUGAGAUUAUUUUUUAUAGAAAAAUGCUACACUUUUUAAGAAAUUUGAACAAAUAAAGUACUCAAUAUUUGGAAGGAAA